CGAGCCCGGAGCGCUAUCCCUUUAAGCCGCGCGCUUCCGCCGCCGCUCAUUCAGUCCAAGAUGGCGGACCUUCUGGGCUCGAUCUUGAGCUCCAUGGAAAAACCUCCGACCGUCGGUGACCAGGAAAGCCGGCGAAAAGCUCGAGAGCAGGCAGCCAGAAUGAAGAAAAUGCAGGAAGAUGAAAAGAAGAAGAAAGCUGACUUCAGAAAACGAAUGGAGAAAGAGGUGUCGGACUUUAUCCAGGACAGCGGUGUCCAGAAGAAGAAGUAUAGCCCCAUGGGGAAGAUCGAGAGGAGCAUCCUGCAUGACGUAGCAGAAGUUGCCGGACUGACGUCGUUCUCGUUCGGCGAAGACGAGGAGAGCAGAUACGUCAUGAUAUUCAAGAAGGAGUUCGCCCCGUCGGACGAGGAGCUGGAAGCCUAUCGGAAGGGGGAGGAGUGGGACCCCCAAAAGGCAGAGCAGAGGCGUAGACUGAAGGAGCAGGCCGUGCUGGAGGAGCAUGAGGCCAGCCGGACCCAGAAGCGGGCGGCAUCGCCCAGCUCAAACUACCGCGACAAGUACAGCCACCUGAUCGGCACCUCGGCGGCCAAAGACGCUGCACACACGCUGCAGGCUAACCGAGCGUACGGCUGUGUUCCCGUGGCCAAUAAGAGGGACACGCGCUCCAUCGAGGAGGCUAUGAACGCAAUCCGGGCUAAGAAACGGCAGAAGAGGGAGGGCGAAGAGCCGGCGGCAGACGGCAGCGGCAGCAGCCUAUCUUGAUGCGUGUGUGUGUGUAUGUGCGUGCGUAGCGGUGUACAGGAGAGAGAGUGAGAGAGAAAAAAGCGAACAGGGUAGCGAGAACAAGGGUUUUAAUAGUUGGUAAACUUUGCUAAUUUGAGAGCUGUGAAUUAACGAAUCACGUACAAGGCGUUUGUGUGGCGGGUCUUGCGUCGCUCGCCGCUGCUGCCGUACUGCGAUCCGUCCGGUCUCUGCGCUGGAGUUUGUGUGCCGUCUUCCACUUCAUGUUCCAAGCUUUUAGUUUCUGACGUCAGUAGGCCAGUGGGAACUAUCCUCUGGUCUUUCCUCUCUAGUGUUUACUUCCGGUUUAAAAAAAUUUUAAAUGAAUAAUCACCACGGAAUAUACUUCAUUACGCAGUAUCCAGUUGAAAUAAUGGUAGUCUUAAGAUGUUCCAGUUUUAAGCAGGUGCAUUCAUUCUAUUAACCAUGUUUGGAGUUUGGUUGUUACUGUUCUUGAAAUGUUUGUGUUAGCGACCCCUGGUGGCAAUAGUACACUUUAGCACGCUGGCUUAGACCACCUGAAAGGAAAGCCAUGUCUCCCAUAUUGCUUUUAGAUUGCUGAUACAGUUGUCUCUCUUUUUUUUUUUUUUAUUAUUACUAUUAUGAUGGUUAUUUCUAUUUGGGUUUACUGUCUUCUCACUUUGUUGGGCAGUUUUAAACUUUACGGCUACUCUGAUAUAGAAGAAUAAAGAUAUUUACCGAGUGCUUAAUUUGCAAUCGCUGAGGAGCCGGCGCAGGCUGACUUUGGAUGAUGUCGCACACAAAUCAUGUCUUCAACAAGGAUAAUGUGCUAGAACGUACUUAAGAAUACUGCAUUGUUAUGUACUUCUCUAUACCUCUUAGUUAUAUCAAACAGUAAGAUAUUCUUCAACUGUUUGAUGAGUGUUACGGCCCAGAAGAUAAGCUCAUCUGUUUUAGUGGCCAAAAAGUGGAUUUUAUUGCGAUUUGCUCUUCGAAAUCAAAAAUCAUAUAAGCGCAACGUAGUAAUUUAUGCGGAUGUAUGUUGAAAAAUCAUGCUACACAACCGAUUUUAUAAAUAUGCAUUUCUUUAGUUCAGUUUGUAUUCCAAAGUUUAACUGAAUUUUAUUUUAAGUUUAAUUUUCGUGGGUGCAGCGUUUGAGGUAGCGGAUGCGCUGGAGCUCAGACUGAUCUGUAUCAGGCCCUGUAUUUACAUCACCUAAGUACCUGCCUGUGUUCUAUGGACCCUAUUGCGUAUGUUCCACCAUGUAAGCGUUACAGAAAACGAUCUCAUCCUUACUACUGCUAUCUGGGAAAUGUAUAGUAACAUCAUAAUAGGUAAUAACUUGUUCUUUAGUUUGCCGCCACUGACAUCAAAAUAAAUCGAUCACUGAAAAAAAUCAAGGAAUCUACCAAAAAAAUUUAUAAAGCCAUGAAUGGAGUGACUCCGAAAGAUGUGAAGCUUUGGGAAAUCGAUUUCACAGCACUGUACUAUAUUAAAUGAAGUCCUACUAAGAUGAAACUGCCUCCCAUUUGUCCUGGAAUGAAACAGCGUUUUAUUUUUAAGGUGAUUGCCUCAACCUGCAUUUUUCAGUUUCAGCUUCCCCCCCCCCCCCCCCCCCCCCCCUCAUGUCCUUGUGUGACGUUAUUGUGGGUGAAUAAACUGUUUGUGGUCAUGUGA